AUGCCGGGCUUCGACUUCUCCAACUACAACCGCAAUGCGGCCCUGCAUGCCCGCGGAGUGCCUCUACCGAAGGCGACCAGCACAGGAACAACCAUUGUCGGCUGCAUCUUCGACGGUGGCGUUGUGAUUGCUGCUGAUACCCGAGCCACCUCCGGCCCUAUCGUCGCCGACAAGAACUGCGAGAAGCUUCACUACAUCUCCCCCCAGAUCUGGUGUGCCGGAGCCGGUACCGCCGCCGACACCGAGUUCACCACCGCCCUCAUCUCCUCCCAGCUCGAGCUGCACUCCCUCUCCACCGGCCGCAAGCCCCGCGUCGUCACCUGCAUGACCCUCCUCAAGCAGCACCUCUUCCGCUACCAGGGCCACAUUGGCGCGUACCUCGUCGUCGCCGGCUGCGACCCUACCGGCACCCACCUCUUCACCGUCCACGCCCACGGCAGCACAGACAAGCUUCCCUACGUCACCAUGGGAUCCGGCAGUCUUGCUGCCAUGAGCGUCUUCGAGACGCAGUGGAAGGGGGACUUGUCACGAGAUGAGGCCGUCAAGCUGUGCAGCGACGCCAUUCUGGCCGGUAUCUGGAACGAUUUGGGCUCUGGUUCCAACGUCGACGUUGCCGUCAUUACCAAGGAGAAGACUACCCUGCUACGAAACUAUAUCAAGCCCAACGAGAAGAGCGCGAAGCUGCAGAGCUAUCGCUUCGAGAAGGGCACCACUGCUGUCUUAAACGAAAAGGUUAUCAACAAGGCCGAUCUUAAGCGAUUUGUCACAGUACACGACUUACCGGUUGAGGGCGAGAAGAUGGACGUUGAUACCUAA